GUUGCCGGAUCGACUGACAGUGCCGCUUCUCAGCAUCUUCCCCCUGCUGUCCUCGGAGGGUGUUUCUGUUCGGAGCGGCUCUCAUACUGUCACUGUUGUCGUAUGACUCAGGAACGAGAGAUCGUGAAGUGAAGUGUAAUUUCCCACCGGGGAACACCAUGGAACUCCUGACGAAACUCGUACUUUGCGCGCUGCUGAUCGGCGUUGUGACAGCAGCUGAGAAGAGCAAUUUCAAAGAGAACGAAAAACCGAAGAUUUCAAGCUAUUCGAAGGAAGCCAACCUUCCCCGGAAAGAACGGCCUGCCAGAGACAGCGAUGUGAAGUCCGAUGACAAGGAGGACUAUCGACCACCGAAAAACUUCGCCACAUCUUCCGAAAGGCUCUUCAAGAUGCAGAAGAUUCAGAACAUUUGGCAGAAGGGUCAGAAGGCGCUCAAUGAAGCCAAGCUCAAGGCUCUCUAUCAUGACCUCAAAACCCAAGACAAGCAGGAAAUCGCUUUCAAGAAGAUCAAGUCCCAGGGGAAGGACAAGGAUGGCCUGCAGGAGGCGGCUUUGCGAGUGCAGCUCGCCGGUAUCGUAGAGAGAUUUGGUCUCGCUGCGAGCUUUCCAGAGCACCGAAAAGGAGCCGAUGAUGACCACAAGAUCGAAUCGAUGUUCAAGGAAAAACUCAAUAAGCUCUGGAGCAAGAUUGAAGCUGCCGGCCUCGAUGAGAAGGAGAUGAAGAUCCUUAAAGAAGAGCUUGACCAUCAUCAACUGAAACAGGAUCAGUAUUAUGCGUUCGUCGAUAAUCUGCACGAAACCCGCGAGAAGACUCCUGAAAUGGAAAAUCACAUCGGUCAUUUCCUGGAAGAAGAGGAGGAGGGCGCAAUCCGCCGCGAGAAGAAGGGUAGGUCUAAGGACAAGAAUGGACCGCCGAAGGAGCACCUCGAUCUUGCGGAGGACAUAAGAGUGAAACAUCGAGACUUGAAAGAAAAUUUCGAUAACAUCGCCGAGAAAGUCCGCGCGAAACUGAACGAGAAAGAAUUCGAAGAUGAGCAAACGCGGAAACUAUGGAAGCUCGCGAAGGAGGCUGAUUUUGACGAGGAAGAUUUGCUGUCGCUCAGGAGCGAACUCCACCAUUUCGAGCACAGGGUUCGCAAGCUGCAUCGUCUCCGCCAUGAAGCUGGACUCGUCGAGGACGCCGACGAAGCUAAAAAAUUCAAACGGAACCUAUCUGAACUCGAGAAAAAAAUUGAGAAAACACAUGACGAGCUGAGAGGAAGAAUUGCGAGACGGAGUGAAUUGUGAUGCAAUGAGCGAUGACCUCUGGAUCCUACGGCAUUCGUCGUCCCUAUUUCCCAGCGGAUAACCCCAAGCGUUUCCCUCGCUCGGGAAUCGCCGGCCGAUUCUCCCUCGUCUUGGUUCCGGGAGUUCAUUCAAGCAUAGAUAUUUUCUCUGACGGGUCUGAAAUCAUCGACCUGGGGUAUCACCCGUCAGGGAACCCGUCGUCUUUCCGGCAAUGAAGGGACAAAGACUCGCUUCGGGAAAUCUCCACGUUUUCUAAAGUUUCCGAAGCAUGAGGCUCUGCAAUAAGAAGGACAUACUAGGACAAGAUAGCGUGAAGGUUUUUCAAAUCAUCUAUAUACAUAUGCAUAAAGUACAUAUACGCGUUGAAGUGUGUGUUCUUAAGGAUAUUUCCCGGUGGGCUCUGCUUCUCCGAGGUCACAAUAGUUAUCAAAGCCGAGCUGUUGUUGAAUAAAAUUAGCGGAAUGAAUAUUAGGGGAUA